AUGUCGUCGACUCUCCUCGAGCAAACUCGCUCCAAUCACGAAGAGAUUGAGAGAUUGGAACGAUUGAUUGUGCAAGAUCUACAGACCGAGCCACCUUCGAGCAAGGACAGAUUGGUUCAGGGUCACCGUGUCCGUCACAUGAUUCAGUCUAUCAUGCGUAGCACCGAGAAACUUGUUGAAACUUAUGAAGAUAAAGAUGGUGCGAGGGAAGAUGAGAUAGCGGCGCUUGGUGGCCAGACUGCAACCGGGACAAAUCUGUAUAGUGCAUUUUAUGAUCGGUUGAAGGAGAUACGGGAAUAUCAUAGAAAGUAUCCUUCUGGACAUCUUGUUGAUUCUGCUGAGGACUAUGAAGCACUCCUGAAGGAGGAGCCAGUUAUUGCAUUCAGUGGAGAGGAAGGCCUUGGUCGGUACCUAGACUUGCAUGAUAUGUAUAACCAAUACAUCAACUCUAAAUUCGGGGACAGGGUUGAAUAUUCUGCUUACCUUGAUGUUUUUUCUCAACCACAGAAAAUACCGCGUAAACUAAAGUUUUCGAUGCAAUACAGGAAGUAUAUGGAAGCUCUGUUAGGGUACUUAAUCGACUUUUACCAGCGAACUGAGCCGUUGCAAGAUCUUGACAGAAUACUUUCCAAGGUUGAGACCGAGUUUGAAGAGCAAUAUGCAGAUGGAAAAGUAGAAGGCUGGGAGAAUCAUGGUCAGGAAAAUGAAGUUAUUUCAUCUCAGCAUACUGUCAUAGAUCUUGACUACUACACCACAGUCGAGGAACUGAUAGAUGUGGGACCUGAAAAGCUGAAAGAGGCGCUGGGGGCGUUAGGACUGAAAGUUGGUGGUACUCUGCAGCAGCGGGCCGAGAGACUUUUCCUGACAAAGCAUACACCUUUGGAAAUGCUGGAUAAGAAACAUUUUGCUAAAGCUCCACACAAUGUGAAACAAAAUGGAGAUGCCAAAGCAACGCAGGAGUCCAACAGUGCUAAAGAGAUUGCACUAACAGAGGCCAAAGUUAAGAAACUCUGCAGCUUACUUGAUGAGACAAUCGAAAGGACAAAACAAAACGUCGUGAAGAAACAGGCCUUGACGUAUGAAGAGAUGGAGGAAGAACGCGAGGGUGAGGAAGCUCGUGCAGAAUCAGAAAGUGAUGACGAGGAUGGUCAGAUAUACAAUCCGCUGAAACUGCCAAUGGGUUGGGAUGGGAAGCCUAUACCAUACUGGCUCUACAAACUUCAUGGCCUUAGCCAGGAGUUCAAAUGCGAGAUAUGUGGGAACCAUAGCUACUGGGGAAGAAGGGCUUUUGAGAGACACUUUAAAGAAUGGCAACACCAACAUGGAAUGCGUUGCUUAGGAAUCCCAAACACAAAGAACUUCAACGAAAUCACUUCGAUUGAGGAAGCGAAAGAGUUGUGGAAGAGGAUACAAGAGAGGCAAGGAGUGAACAAAUGGAGACCAGAACUUGAAGAAGAAUAUGAAGAUCGUGAAGGCAACAUUUACAACAAGAAGACUUACUCUGAUCUUCAACGUCAAGGUCUCAUAUGA